AUGUAAUUAACGAAAUAUAUACUUAUACAAAUAUAUUGUGUAGAAUUUGUAUUCACUCCGUGGGUGUAUAUAAAUAACGUUUCCUUCCUAAUCUUCCACGCACAAGUUCUCUUCUUCUUCAACCUCAGAUGGAUCUGAGUACUGUAACAUUCCUCUUCUUUGCUCUUCUUAUCUCAUCAGUCAAAGCUUUUGAUCCCUGUGCCACCCAACCCGACGCCUCUGAUCUCUCCGUCAUUCCAAUCUACGGCAAAUGCUCACCUUUUACCGCACCCAAGUCUAACUCAUGGGUUACCACAGUCAUCGACAUGGCGUCCAAGGACCCGGAGCGGGUCAAGUACUUGUCCAGCCUUGUGGGUCAGAAGACCACUGCGGUACCCAUUGCUUCCGGCCAGCAGGUUCUAAACACCGCCAACUAUGUCGUCCGGGUCAAAUUGGGUAACCCAGGUCAGCUCAUGUUCAUGGUUCUCGAUACCAGUAAUGACGCUGCUUGGGUCCCCUGUGCCGGCUGUACUGGGUGCUCUGCAACCACUUUUCAACCCAAUACCUCUUCCACGUACAGGUCGUUGGACUGCUCCAUGACCCAAUGUACCCAAGUACGAGGCCUCUCGUGUCCGGAGACCGGGAAUUCCGCUUGCCUCUUUAACCAAUCCUACGGCGGAGACUCCUCGUUAUCCGCCACGCUUGUGCAAGAUUCUCUUGCAUUGGCGAACGACGUCCUUCCUAAUUUCGUCUUUGGAUGCAUAAACAGCAUCUCGGGCGGGUCAAUUCCGCCCCAAGGGUUACUGGGUCUGGGUCGGGGACCCAUGUCGUUGAUCUCACAGUCCCAGUCGCUUUACUCCGGUGUGUUCUCCUACUGUUUGCCCAGCUUCAGAUCCUACUACUUUUCCGGAUCCCUAAAACUUGGUCCGGUGGGUCAACCCAAAAACAUCCGGACUACUCCACUUUUACAUAACCCACACCGCCCAUCUCUCUACUACGUCAACCUAACCGGAAUCAGCGUCGGCCGAGUCCUCGUCCCCGUCGAACCAGAACUCUUAGCCUUCAACCCGAACACCGGCGCUGGCACCAUCAUCGAUUCCGGUACGGUGAUAACCCGAUUCGUACCACCCGUUUACACAGCGAUUCGGGACGAGUUCAGGAAACAGGUGAAAGGCCCGUUUUCGUCAUUGGGAGCAUUUGACACGUGCUUUGCGGCGACGUAUGAGGCGGUGGCGCCGGUGAUAACACUGCAUUUUACAGGCAUGGACUUGAAGUUGCCGAUGGAGAAUAGCUUGAUACACAGCAGUGCAGGGUCUCUUGCUUGCUUGUCGAUGGCGGCGGCGCCGAAUAACGUGAACUCAGUGCUGAAUGUUAUAGCCAAUUUGCAGCAGCAGAAUCUUAGGAUGAUGUUUGAUGAGGCGAAUUCUCGCUUGGGAAUCGCCCGUGAACUCUGCAACUAGAUAUUUUUUUAGGCGCCUGAUUAUCUUCUUCCUCCGUUUCUGGUAUCCUUGUCGUUAGUGAAUAAUCUCUCUGUCUUAAUCAAAUAUGCCGUGUUAAUCCCGUGCAAGAGAAUUCUCUUUGGAUUAUUAAAGUAAUAUUUUUCAA